ACUGAGGUCGUAUUGGACGGUCGAGCACGUUGUGCUGGUUAGAUUGUGAUGUGCGAUGAUGUCAUAAACCAUUAAACGUCACUUCGCGAUGUUCGAAGAUUCUUCUGUCUCUAACGGAUAAAUGUCAACAUCCUGUGGCUCUUUCGUUCGCCGAGACAGGACAAGGAGCGCGCUAGAUAGUGGUGAUACAGGAGCUGGUCCAGUGUUCACUGUCUCUAACGGUGCUCUAACCCUGACUCCCCUCCCGCAGGGAUGUCGAGGCGCAGCCAGAGGUUAAGAACAGGGUCGGAGGAUGAAGCUUCCUUUGGGAUCCCCACUUACAGCCAGGUUUCCUACAGAGAGACGCCUGUCAGGAUCUUCAAGAAGAGGAGGGGUGUGCGUGUCAGGGGUCAUGCACCUGUAUGUACCUGCAGUGAUUCUGAGGAGCCAGUCAGGGCCACCACAUCAGCCAGUGCACAAGUUGCACAACCUGCUGUGCAGUCCAGCUCUGUGAAAAAGAUGCUUCUUCUGUUUGUUCUUCUGGUAUUAUUGGCCGUUGCAGGCGUUUGCUGUGGGUUUUAUCCGCUCAGUGUUUCCUCCAGCUCAGCAGGUUCUCUGGCAGGCAGUGGAGGUGCCAAGCACCCUGAAGUCCUGACGCGUCUGUCAGCUCUGGAGUUGGAAGUGCAGAGGCUGAAGAGAGAGGGAGGGCAUGAGAAACAGAGGGAGGGAGGACUGAAGGGGACACAAGCACCUGAAUUUGCCUACCUUGGGGUCUCCGAGACUGAAAAAUGGGGGAGAAUCCAGAAAGAAAUCGCGCUGCUGAAAGAAGAAGGAGAGAGGAGAUGGACUGACAUAAUCAAAUCAUUUCACCAUGUAUCUGAGGAAUGGGAAGCUGACUUGUUGGCCAUGAAAACUGCUUUGAAAAGUGUGCAGUCCGGGAGCAACCGCCCUGCCCUGGCGGGACUCUCUCGACUGGAAGAGAGUCUGACCGCACUACGGCACAAAUUCAGCGCACUGCGCACUGACCACUGCUCUCAGAAGGACCGACUGGACUUGCUGGAAAGUCUGAAAAGCCAGAUGCGCUCAGAGCUGGCAGAGUAUCUGGUGCAGUACCGCUCCAGCCCAAAGGAGGGCGAUGUGCCCCUGGUGCUGAGUCCUGAGCUGCAGGAAGAGCUGCAGGAUUUGGAGCAGAAGAUUCUGGCCAGGCUGGUGCAGGGGGAAGGGCAGGAGUGGGCGUGGCACAGUGUGGACAAGAUUUUGGAGAGUGAGGACAUCACUGCAGUUACACUGCAGGAUGUCCAUGCAAUCACUGAAAGAGCGCUCAAGGAAUUCAGAGCCGACAACAUUGGAUUGGCGGAUUAUGCUCUCGAAUCUGCAGGUGGCAGUAUCAUAAGCACUCCUGGAACCGAGACGUAUGAGGCCAAGGUGUCAGUAUUCAGCCUGUUUGGUGUUACCAUCUGGUUAAACACCCAGACUCCCCGGUCCCUCAUACAGCCAGACGUCUAUCCUGGGAAGUGCUGGGCUUUCCGGGGCUCUCAGGGAUCUGUGAUUAUCCAGCUGAUUGUGCCGAUCCAGCCCACAGCUUUCACAAUAGAGCAUGUCCCAAAAUCUGUGUCCCCACUGGGCCAGACUGACAGCGCUCCUCAAGACUUCACUGUAUACGGAAUGAAUGAUGAAACGGAAGAUGGGACUCUACUGGGAACCUUCACCUACAAUAAACACGGCAGUCCCAUCCAAACAUUCACCAUCUCGGAACCUGUGGCUGGGACAUUCAAGCUGGUGAAGCUGGACAUUUUCAGCAACUGGGGACACCCAGACUACACGUGUGUGUAUCGCUUCCGGGUGCAUGGAGAACUUCCCAUAACUGCCACAGCCAGGGAGGGGGGGGUGAACACACUGGAGGCAAAACUGAUUUUUUCCUCGCAAGACAUUAAAUAAAUCCUGUU